GUAAAGUUAGCUCACAAAUUUUGAGUAUCGAAUUCCUCUUGAAUGGGAUGUUUUCUGAAUGUUAAAUAUACAGCAAUUGAAAUCCAUACAAAUAAACUUUGAUCAUGUAUAUCAUUGUAAAAACAAAACAAAUCCCUUUGUAACAGUGAGGGCUCUGAUUAGGCUUGUGUAUUGAUGGGGACAGCAGAGAGCCAGUACUAAAAAUAUGCAUCAAAAUAACGAUUUCCUAAAAGGGAAAGGUAAAGCUAUUUCAAAAAUGUUAUAUGACAUGAUAGCAGAAAGUUACAUGCCUAUAAAUAGUAUUGAACAAUACCAAAUGGGUUCCAACCUUUGUUUCAAUAUUUGUUUAUGGAGAAACAAAUCUGAAAUGCUUCAUCCAUCUUGAGGCAAAGUGGUGUAGACUAGUACGAAUCACAAGGCUGAGCAAUUGGCAAGUAAUGUUUCAAAAUAAUACUACGAAGUUAAUCAAAACAUGACUUUUGUGAUCACUGAGCUGCUGUUUUCAGCAUUAUUUGCCGGUACAAUUUAAAAGAAGAUAGGGAAAUUGGCCAAUUGGAGCAGAAUAUGUACCACUGUGCCAAUCUGAACUUAAUACAAGGUAUUUACAUAAAAUGUGCUUUUUAAUCUAUUUUAUGUAGUGGAACAUCUCCCUUGGCAUGUCUGAAUGCUAUGCUUCACACUAAUUCUCGUGCAGAUGAUGGAAUGUUUUACAGACUUCCAGGGCGGAUGGGUCUUUAUACAUUGAAGAAAGAUGCAUUGUUAUGGUCCAAGAACAUGCCCAUUGGUGAUGAAGGUUAUGAUGAUGGACCAGACUUGGAAAGUUGUGAUUCUAAUGAAGCCAGUACCACAGGCGAGGAAAAUGAUGCCUCCCCAGUGUCUGAUGAGAGUUCUUCCAAUGCGUCAUGUUCCACUGAGGUUCGAGGAAAGCAGGUGUCUCCUGGCAAGCAGAAUAGCCAUAAAGCAACCCAACAGCCUGUGAAGCAACAACCAAAAAAGAAGAUUGGAGUUCCGGUAAUGAUGAGUAAAUCCAUUCCAAGAGUUGUACUGACACCAUUGAAAGUUAAUGGAGAACAUGUGGAAUCUGCUUCAGUGUUUGCAGCCAAGCACACAGAUGGUGAAUCAAGCAGUGCAUCUAAUGGUAGUUCCUGCACAGUUACCUCGGCUAGCAUUCAGUACAACAGAACAGAAAUGAAUAAAUUUCAGUGUAGGCCAACCCUGAGCCGGAAGCCUGGACAACACUUCAGAGCCUUGAGGAGAUCAAGCACAGCAGGACAAAUGAAGCGAAACAGAGGGGAAGAGAUUGAUGUUGAAACACCUGGAUCAAUUCUUGUCAACACAAACUUGCGUGCUUUGAUCAACUCUCGGACUUUCACUUCUUUACCACUACACUUCCAGCAGCAGCUGCUGUUUCUCCUGCCAGAGGUGGACAGGCAGGUUGGUACUGAUGGUAUAAUGCGGCUCAGUAGCUCUGCCCUAAAUAACGAGUUCUUCACCUCUGCAGCUCAGGGAUGGAAAGAGCGAUUAGCAGAAGGUGAGUUUACACCUGAAAUGCAGCUUCGGCUACGUCAAGAAAUGGAGAAGGAGAAAAAAGUUGAGCUGUGGAAAGAGAACUUCUUUGAAGAUUACUAUGGACAGAAAUUGGGCUUGUCGAAAGCAGAAUCUGAGCAGCAGACAGGUGCACAAGUGGAAAUGGAAAAAGAAGCCAGUUCACCUGUCUUAGCAGGGCCAUCUAAGCAACCUAGUCCAGUUAAAAAGCAGGAUGAGAGAAUAAGGAAAUGCACUCGAAGUUCAAAGGUGGACCUCAAAUGUAGAGUGAGGAGAAGUCUUGUUGAAAGAAAGCCCGAGCCACCUGAACAAAAUGAAAAUACAGUUUCGUGCACUGUAUCAUCUCAUGAUACCAGGAGCCAGAAACAACAUUUUGAGGCUAAGGCAUUUCAGACAGUUAGCUGUGCAGAUGAAGAUCAACUUGGCUUAAUUAACAAUGAAACUAGUCCUGGGCAUCCAAAAGAGGCACUUGCAAAUAAAUCUGCCUUAAAGUCCAAAUCUCUGUUGCUUUCUGAGAGACCUGCAGAAGUACAGUCUCAAGAGCAUAAGAAAUCUGAUGGACAUUUAGAAUUGACUGAUGUUCAGCCUGCUGGAAUUUCCAAGGAUCAGGUCACCUGCCUUACUAUUAAGAGUGCUGCUUUGAAAAGUGAGUUGGAGCACAAUUUCGGAGAGUCUAAAGACCAAAAAAGAAAGUCUUCUGAAUAUGGGGCCUCUACCUCUGGCCCCGAGAAGAAGCCGCGUCUUGAAGAUCAUCAGUCCUUUCGGACCGCAAUUGAUAGCUUUCGGACAGAAAAGGAACAACCUACAAAAGAAGAGCCAAAGGUGCCACCUAUUAGGAUUCAACUCUCAAGAAUCAAACCACCAUGGGUUAUCAAAGGGCAGCCAGCCUAUCAGAUAUGCCCUAGGAUCAUCACCACAGUUGGAACAUCCAGUAGGGAGAGGACAGGUGCCAGAACGCUUGCAGAUAUCAAAGCCCGUGCUCAACAAGCCAGGGCACAAAGGGAGGCUGCAGCAGCUGCAGCUGCCAAUGUUACAGUGGAAGGAGGGGGAAGGGGUAGUGGUGGUAAUGGACCAGGGAGCUCUGACUCCCCCGGACAGAACGACAGAAAGACUAAAGUACCAGAACAAGCUACAGGAAAUCAUCAGUAUAGAGCACAGCUAUUCCAAGCCUGUGGAGCAGGCAAUGAACCCGAAAAGCCCAGCGAUGGAGAGAAUUAUGUUAAGCAAGGUGUUGUAAUCGAGGAAUGCUUGGAAAGCAAUCUUGUUGAGACAACACCACGCAAGUUAGAGACAGCAGAUGAUAUCUAUCCCAUUGAUUGGGAAGGUGAUGCUGGAUACAAUACUGUUAACAGUAAUUCACCAGAUCUGUUGGACGAUGUGCAAGACCAGAUUACAGUUUCUGAAGUAAGUGACGCAGUUUCUGAUGAGCAGACUAAUAGUGAUGAAACUACACUUCUUCAGGAUGAUGCACCCUCUGAAACAGUGGAGUUGCCUGCAGAGAGGGAUAGUAUUUUCAUAGAAAGUAGCAAAAGUGUUAAAUGUGAAACUGUAAUUCUUGCACUUGCUGAGACAGACAAUCCCCUCCUCUCGCCCUGCAGCCAAACCCAGAAAUCUGAUCUAAAUGAUAAAAUAAACUGUCCUGAUGACCCUUCACAAAAGUAUGUUUUCUCUGGGACAGUAAUUGCCGAAACCAAGAAUGCUGCAGUAAUUAACACAAUAGACACUCCUGUUCUAGAAGUGAACACUGCAGCCUCUGAUUCAUUACCGAGUAAUGCCAGUGAAAGUGAAACAAGCACUACAGACAUUUUAUCAAGCCAGCUAUCAAUUAACUUUCCAGAAAGUGACCCCUGUGAGCAAGAGGUUAAUGGAUGUAUCAUGGAGGAAAUUGGAUCCCCGUUGAUCCACAAGGUAACUUCUCCAAAUUCGCCAUCACACGAAGAAAAAGAGAGCGUCUGCGAUGAAUUUGAAAUAAAUAAUCAGCUAGAAACAAGCACGUUCCAGGAGAUAUCAAAUGAGCCACAUGUAGCAGAGAAACAGAUAACGUCUGUAAUAGUAUCGGUAUGUUCCAAUAAAGAUCCCAGCCAUUCAUCAGCACAAAAAUUCCCCAUCGAGUCUGAUUUGCUGGAAAAGCAGCUCAACUGUACUGCUUCUGCCGAUGCCGAAGAAUGUGUGAAAGACUAUCUUGUUAAACAAGAGCAGACGUUGUUAGAGGGUGUGCAACAGUCAGUGGAAGCUGACAUUGCUGUGUUAGAGGACACCUUUGACCAGCCUACAGCCAAAAGGCAGACAAGCUGUGAAAGUGACCAUGAGAAUAGCUUGUAUUAUAAACCUGAAAUAAGCAGUCCGCUGUCUGAUGAAAGUUGUGGACGUCCCACAAAUGAAAGUAUAUCAAAAGAUGACAGAGCCCCUAUUUGUUCUGCAAGUGGUGUAAUUGUAGAAAGCCCUGAUGUCUGCCGAGGGUCUAAUAAUGGUGAUCAGCACCAACAGUUACAUUUGUCAGAGGAAAAUCAGCUGCAGAAGGAUGAGAAACCGACUGAGUGCCAGAGACAAAAGCCUGAGAUUUUGCGUAAUUUAAAUCAGAUCAACUCUCUGCUACAUCCAAGUGCUGAAGGGCCAAAAAGGGUUGGUAAUUUUAAUCGUCCACUGUCAUCGGUUGAAGUCAAUAACCCACUGGUAACGCAGCUGCUCCAGGGCAGUCUUCCUUUAGAGAAGGUUUUACCCCAGUAUCAUUCUGGUACCAAACUGGAGAUCACUCGACUGCUGGUGCCACCUCCAGUACCUGCUGAGAGCCCACCAGUUAAACAAGAAAGAAGUUUCAGUCAGUCAACUGUUGAUCAUGUUGCACAAACAGCUGAUAUCAAAAGUAUAAUCAGUGGUGUACAUAGUGGAAUUAAAUUAGCUGAUUAUCAUUUGCAUAAAAUAUUUUCGGGUGAUUUCAGUGAUCUCUCUCAAAAACAACUCGAGCAGAUGAAAUCAACUGUGUUGCAAUCUAGUAAGCACUCCGUCCAACCUCAGAUGGCUUUGGACAGCGACUGUAAAAGUCUAGAUGGUCCAGUUUUACAGGAACCGCUAAAUAGAGCACCUAUUCUUUCUAAGCCUGUUGAAGAAGCAGGUCUGACAACACAAAAAGUAGUGCCAGCUACGUGCAGUUUUGAAGAAGGUUGCAAAGAAUCAUUGAACAUCCCUGGAAACACUCAAACUAGCAAUGUACAAAAUCCUACAGCAAGAAGCAUGCCUGAAACAUUAAAGCAAAUUAGCAGCUCUACUGUGUCUGGCUAUUACAUUCCAAACACGCCGUCUUUUUGUAAAAGUCUGGAGAACCAGAACACUAUUUUUGGUUCAGUAAUAGCAAAGGCCUGCAGUGGGAUGCCAGGAAGGCAGAAGGUUAGUCAUGGUUAUUUGCAUAACACUGUAGUUGUGCAAAAUGAUGGAAAUUGCAGAGGAACCGAAGUGAUUAAGAUUCAGUCAAAAGGUUCUGUUUUUGAGAAUGUGCCAGCCAUUACCCAAACAUCACCAGAAAGAAAUUUAAUGGGAAUGGAGAAUAUGCCAAAUGUAAGAAGGGAUUGGCUUCCGAAACUGCACGAAAGCUUUAAAGUCAUCAAGACUGAAAAUAUUCCUACAUGUAGGGAAAUUAACAAGAAUCAAGAUAUCAUUGGUAUAAAAGAUGGUGCAUACAUUCCAUUUGAUUUCAAAGACAAGCUAUAUGUUGGUCCAAUAAAGAUGGACUGCAAUAGUGGAAAGGUUGUGAAAGAGUCUGGUCUACAAUUUCAGCAUUCAUCAGAACAUUCGCUUGUUAAUUCUCAGCUCAGUAUUCAACAGCAAUUAUAUGGUAAGCUUCCUAAACUUUCCUUCAGUACCACAGGAUUUAGUCAUAUUACCAACACUUCAGUUUCAGAACUGUCCAUGGGCACCUUUCCAAUGUCCCUUGCUGGAAGUAUGAUGUCACUGAGUCAGAAGACAAACUUUGGGAACCAUAAUUCUGCAGUUCCCACUCAGACGUUUGCUGAAAGCAGUGGUGUCAACGAAAUGACUUUUAAAUGUUCUUGCAGGCUAAAGGCCAUGAUCAUGUGCAAAGGAUGUGGCGCAUUUUGCCAUGAUGAUUGUAUAGGUCCAUCUAAACUUUGUGUAUCAUGUCUUGUGGUGAGAUAGUAAAGAACUAUUGUGAAGAAAUUACCAAUUUGGACCACUCAUGUGGAUUUAUUAUAGCAUGGUGAAAGUGCAACUUAUAUGUAUCAGAAUUGUGUAUCAAUGUGUAUAAUUUUGCCUUUUGAGUCUAGUCUGACCACUGUAAAUAAAUGGAAGGGCAGAUAAACUGCAUGCAAAAACCUUAGGAAGUGUAUGUUGGCAGUUCAUAAUGAACCAUUAGGGGACUGCAAAUCAUGAGGGACCUAUAUGUUGAUAAUCCUAUUUUAUUUCUUGCUGAUAAUGUCUUUUCUUACCAGAAAUGUGUAAAGGUGAAGUUGUUGACUCCACAAUAAUGCUCUAUGCACUGAUUUUGUUUGUAAAAACCUAAAGCAACAUGUUAAUACUGUAAAACUGACCACAUUAAGCAUGUUGAGUUUUAGUUAUCCGUUCAUGACCUAAGAGAAAGCAAUGUUCAGAUUUUUUUUUUGCAGUGUUAAAAUGCAUAUAGUCUCUUACAUUUAGUCUGCUUUGCAUGUUUGCAUUGCUCUUCAGAGAGAUUAGAAUGGAGAGUACAGUAAUUGGUGCUUCCAAAGCAUUAUUAACAUGGUGUCUUUGAUUUUUUUUUUGCUUGCUUCCACAGUAUUUGGUAGAACAUAACUAUGAACACAAUGUUGGCAAUGAUGCAAGCUUAUUAGGUGGCCUUAAAAGAAGUGGUUUGUUUUAUCCAUCUGCAAUUGCUAAGAACAAUGAAGCAAAAAGCCUUUUACUUCAAGUUUGGCCUGAGUCUCAUUCCCUGUUUACCAAAGACAUUCUGCAAAUAUAAAUUUAUUUUAGAAGUGGCUUUACAAACUCAUUCUCAGGGUACAGUGAUCUCUCUAGCCAUCAAGUUUUUCUCCUUUCCAUUAUUUGUCUAUCUUAAUGCUGUUGUAUUGACAGAGUAUAUGCUUGGGAAUUUAUUGGUCUUUAAUGCGUGGGUGACUUCUGUCUGUAUUAUGCUGUAUUUUUAUUUACACCUUUACACAGUAUUGAAAAGUUGUGUAGUAAAUUGAA